CCUGCCUUUGUGACUGCGUACCCGAAUAAAACUGACACUGGGAUGCUCGCCUGGAAAAAAAAAAAAAAAAAGACCAACUGAAGAUUCCUCCCUGUUUUUUUCUCCAACCCUUUGAUUUGAAUUCUCAGAAAUAUCAGGAAUACCGCUGGAUGAUAAUAGGUGAACAAGGGGAGGAUCCGGACAAGCCUGCACCACCACCACCAGGGUGGGAGCACGUGAAGAUUUUACUCCAGAAUCGGACCACAUUUUGGGGACUUUUCUGCCAUCAGCAUCCUUUCACGGCACCCUCGCAUCCCAGCCAGCAUUAAUCCCAGUCCAGCACCCCCGCUCAACUGGGAUUUUUUUUUUUUUUUAGGGGACACGGAUAUGGAUUAAAGGGAAAGACGGACAGAGAGAGCCGCCAAACUGGAGCAGCACGCCAGAGCACGCCGGGGGGGAAGGGGGCGACGGGACUCGGUGAAUUCGCGGAGCCCCCGAGAUAGAGCAGGCUGCGAGUGGUCGCACCCCAAGAUGGCGUCCCCCAAAAGCCGAGCCAAGAAGAAACCGACCAAAGACAGCGUGACGCUGCUGCCGUGCUUUUACUUUGUGGAGCUCCCCAUCGUGCUGUCGUCUUUGGUGUCGCUGUACUUCCUGGAGCUGACCGACGUCUUGUCUCCGGCCGCGGUGGGCUUCCGCUGCCACGACCGCCGGCUCUCCAUGCCCUACGUGGAGACGGGCGACGAGCUCAUCCCGCUGCUAAUGCUCCUCAGCUUGGCCUUCGCCGGACCCGCCGCUUCGAUCAUGAUGGGGGAGGGCCUCAUGUACUGCAUGCAGUCCAAACUCAAGACCUGCCCCAAGACGGAGGGCAGCAUCAACGCCGGGGGAUGCAGCUUCAACUCUUUCCUGCGCAGGACCGUGCGCUUCGUGGGUGUUCACGUGUUCGGUCUCCUAGCAACGGCGCUGGUGACGGAUGUCAUCCAGCUGGCGACCGGCUACCACGCCCCUUUCUUCCUCACCGUCUGCCAGCCCAAUUACACAGCGCCGGGCGUGGCCUGCGACAACAACGCCUACGUCACGCAGGACAUCUGCAUGGGCAAAGACCAGUACGCCAUUAUGUCGGCCAGGAAAACCUUCCCAUCCCAGCAUGCAACACUCUCUGGCUUUGCCGCCGUCUACAUUUCCAUGUACUUCAACGCCAGCAUCGGCGCCGCCACCAAGUUGCUCAAGCCGCUGCUGGUGUUCGCCUUCUGCAUGGCGGCGGGCCUGGCCGGCCUCACGCAGAUCACCCAGCACCGGAGCCACCCCAUCGACGUCUACGUGGGCUACCUGAUCGGAGCCGGCAUCGGCGUCUACUUGGCCGUGUACGCGGUGGCAAACUUCAAAGCGUCCGAAGAAGACGCGUCGCCUCGUCCCAAAAUGUCGGGGGUGCAGCACAAGGACACGCUGAGGGUGCUGAGUCAGCGCAGUCACGACUCCCUCUACAGGAAGACGCCGCGGGUGUCGGAGAGCCGCGAGGAGCUGGCCGCAGCCAUGGGUUCGGGGGCGCGCAGCAAGGUGAGGCGGGAGAAAGCCUCCCUGGCCUCCCUUAAGCGAGCCAGUGCCGACGUGGAGCUCCUGGCUACCCGCGGGCCCAUGGGCAAGGAGACUAUGGUGACGUUCAGCAACACUCUGCCCCGGGUGGCCAACGGCAACAGCCCCAUCUCGCCCUCCGACGAGCCGCUCACCUCCCAGCGCCACAUGACAUUCCACAUGCCCCUAGACCCCCAAAGAUCCCGGCAGCUGGUGUCGGAGUGGAAGCAGCGCUCUCUGGAGCUGAGGAGUCAAAGCUCCCGGGAUGAGGACGAGGGCGAGGGAGGGGUGGAGGCCGCAGAUGCCGCAGAUGGGGCGGGCGACCAGGGGGUGCCGUCGUCUCUCUACCCCAAAGUGCAAGCCAACAAGGGCAUGGCGACGCCCACCGGGGCCCGGAUGGUGGUGUCUCUGCCGCUGGUCCACAUCCCAGAGGAGGCAACGCGUCCGCCACCGGUCUCCCCCAAGAGCGCCAAGACCCGCGCCAAGUGGCUGUCGCUCACUGAGGGGGGCGGUGCAAAGGAGCCCAGUGUUGGGCCCAUUGCGGUGUCCACCCCCAGGGUGCCAAACACACAGCCUGCUCAGCCACCCGCUCAGUCAAGAGUCACUCAGGUGAUGGCGAUGUCCAAGCAGCAGAGCCAUGGCGGGGUCCCCAUGGAGGGUGGCGGCUCCUCCUCAGGCGGUGGCUCCAACUGUUCCGAGUCACCCUACUACCGGAUCCCUUCCGACCGGGAGAGCUGCGCUGGCAGCAACCCGGGCAGCAUCGCCGGCAGCGGCAGCAUCGUCACCAUCGAUGCCCAUGCCCCCCACCACCCGGUGGUGCGGGUGACGGCCUCCAACGGGAAGCCGUGGGAGUGGAGGAACACCAUCAGUGGUAAUCUGAUGGCCGGCGACACGGCGGCGCUGGAUAAGCACCGUGGUGUGCUGCGGGGGCAGGACAACGCCCAGCUUUACCGCGACUACCGGACACUCCCGGUUAAAAAGGAGUCUCUGGGUGGCGAAGCUCCGGAGCUCCCGCCCCCGCCGCACCCAACCUCAUCCUCCACUUUGCCUCCCCCGCCCCAGCUGUCGUCGCCCCAUCUCCCGCCACCCCCACCACACUCCUCCCUCCUGUCUCACCCGCCUUCUCAGGUGUCUCCGCAACCCUCCUCAUCCCCCUUGCCCCCUCCGCCGCUCCCUGCCUCCUCCAUGCCGCCGCCACCCCCUCCACACCCCUCGUGCUCGACCAUGCUACCCCCUCCGCCUCACCCCGACCUGCUGAUGGAUGACCAGAUGCUGUCCCACUCGUCCACGCUGCCCCGCCGGCCCUCUGUGUCGGCCCGCAGCCAUGCUGAGCAGGAGCACUACUACAAGGCGUUGCAGAACGAGCGGAUGCUAUAGUGCAGCGGUCCCCAACUUUUAUUGCACCAAGGACAAGUUUUAUGUCAAGCAAUAUUUUGAAAGACCGGCAAAGAAUUCAAUCAAAUCAAGCUAUUAAAAAUACAACUCGCCAUUAUGCUGAACGUAGUUGUUGUGUUAAGUGGGAGCCCUGCGCUUGUUCCUCUUCAAUGAGCCGGUCACAUCUUGGGGUAUUGGGAGAUAACGUUACAUAGUGUAUGUCCAGUCUACUUUGUAAUUUUGUUUUGGUCGCCCGAAAUCCUGCUUUGUAAAGAUAGGGUGUUGGAAAUGGAAGCAAGGUAUUCCAGAUUUUUUGGGCAGUUUUUAAGGCUCCGUUGCCUUAUAGUACGCAGAGCGGGCUUGGUGUGUCAAUAUUAUUUGUAUCGAUAAACCCAUUUUCCAAAUUGGACUGCUGUCUUUUAAAUUCAGGAUUCUUUUUCUUGAAAGUUGUAGGUUCUUCGUCUGUCUCAUCAUUUGGCCUUCUUCCCUUUCUGAAGAACCUUUCCAAAGACUCAUUUUACUCAUUUUUACUAACUUGUGGGCUUAAUUUUUGAUAUAUAUAUAUUAUAUCACGUGACUGCGACAAGAGGUUUGACGUAUGCAGAGGCCCAGGCAGAUGCACGUGAUUUUCAAACUGAAGGGAAUAUAGAAUACUUUAUAUUCUAAUAUGUAAUUCUAUAGGCGACACGGUGGCUGACUGGUUAGAGCAUCAGCCUCACAGUUCUGAGGACCUGGGUUCUAUCCCCGGCCCCGCCUGUGUGGAGUUUGCAUGUUCUCCCCGUGCCUGCGUGGGUUUUCUCCGGGCACUCCGGUUUCCUCCCACAUCCCAAAAACAUGCAUUAAUUGAAGACUCUAAAUUGCCCGUAGGCAUGACUGUGAGUGCGAAUGGUUUUAUUGUUUCGAUGUGCCCUACGAUUGGCUGGGAACCAGUUCACGCUGUACCCCGCCUCCUGCCCGAUGACAGCUGGGAUAGGCUCCAGCACCCCCGCGACCCUAGUGAGGAGAAGCGGCUCAGAAAAUGGAUGGAUGGAUGGAUGUAAUUCUAUAUGUAAUAGAAUAUAAUAUAGAGUUUCAUGGGAUAACUAGUUUGGAAGGUAAGCGAGGAUGUGUAUUAAGUAGGUAUAGGGGGUAGGAGUAUAUUGCAGGAAGGCCCCCCAUCGGGGGGUAUUUGGAGACAGAUGUCAAGGAAGAAAGGAACUGCGGGAAGCUACUAUAAAGAUUGAAUGCAGGAAUGUGGGCCGGAAUCUGCAGGCGACACCUGGAGGAGAAGUCUGGAGCCAGAUCAGAUGUUCCACAGAACAACGAUGAUGUCAGAUUACAGACCAAUCAGACGACAGCGAUUCCAUACUGGCCCGUUUGAAACAUUUGUAUAAGUCUGGGGUAGAAUCAGAUAGUUUUAGUUCGACUACUUUAUCUGCUAAGGAUAAGAGGGUAGUUACGAACCCAGAGCUCUGCAAAUGUAUAAACUCCUCUGUCAGGAAUAAAUUGGUUGGUUUUAUACAUUGUUGUGAACGAAGUUCUUUCACGAAAACGAGCACGCUUGGAACCACAGGAGUUAUAGGAGAUUUUAAAACACAGGUUCCUUCAAAUGGUGAGCCCGACGUGAUCCUGGAAGAACAUUAGAUAAAAAGACAGAGGAGGAAUUCAGUUGGACUGCAAAUCUCCCCGGUGCACCGAAAUAAAAAAGGUGAGCAGAAGCCUGUUUGAUUAUAUCACGAAUUCUGCGAAAUUUGGGAGACUUGUGGUACAGUUGUUUUGUUGUCAAUAGUUAAUAAGACGUUGUGUUGUUAAAAUUGCAUAAUUAGAAGUCAGGGUAACAAGGUACCUGACAGACCAGGAUCAGAGAAAAUCCUGGGAGUAGGGUAACAAGGUACCUACUUGUCCCGUCGUAGACUGACUUGAAAUCGGACGCGGUUUCAAAUUGUAACGUUUCGGUAGACGUUGGGGAUUUUGGGACCCCCAAAAACCGAUUUAGAAUAAGAUGAGUGUGCCACCAAAACUCGGGGUUGUGAAUUGGACAGUCGAGUGUCGAGGUAAUGAAUGUGAUAUUUGUCGGAUUUGUGGAUUGAAAUAGAAAGGCAGAAAAAGAAACAAACAGGAUUAAGAAGUGUGUGGGCAAAGUGGAAAAGAAAAAGGAAUGUAAGUUGUUUCACGUAACAGAGAGGUUAUUCUGAAAGGGAAAAAAAGGAGGAAGGAAAAGUUGGAUGCUGCAGGGUAGAGAGAGAAAUGAGAUUUGAAUAAGAAAAUAGAAGAGAAUGAAAAAUUGAGUAGAAAAAUUUACGAGAUUUGUCUGGGGUGCCCUGCCAUGGCAGCUGUUCAGCGAAGAAAAAAAGAGCGACAAAUUCCCCCGCUAAAUACAAUUUACGGACCUUUCCGAAAACGGCCCCAGUGACGUCACUAUAACCGGCAUUGCCGGUCAAGGGAGCGGCUCAAAUGGCAGACCAAUUGUAGAGGGGAAAUAAAACUCCUAUCAAUUCCGCAAGAGCCCGCAUUCAAAAAGGUGGGUAAAUAUACAAAAAUUGUCUUUAAAAAAUUUUGAGUUUUUACAGAAACGGCUGCCCGGACUGGCUGCUGUUGGUGUAAUUUGGAUCCAGGGGCUGAAAAAGUUGACGGACAACAUGAGCCUGGCGUGUGGUGACAUAUGUUUGCAGUCACCCGUGACAUGUUCCUCUUCCCCAACAGUGCCGAAGCUACCGGACUUCAAACCUCUCAUGGAUCCCAGUUCUCACUUCGAAAAUUGCAUAAGUAUUUGGACAGAUAAGACCGGGUCACAUCCCUCCCGUUUAAGGGAGGCAAAUGUUAUUUAUAGAAUAGCUUUACUUGACACCUUACCGGUUGAAGUUAGGACUGAACUUUUAAAGACCCUGACCUCAUGAAAGGGGGAGAUAGCUUCUUUAAUUGUCAUGUGUCACACCAUUUGAAACCUUUUGUCGACAGAAAACACAAAUCAUCAGAUGAGGUAAAGGACAUGCAGGAACAACUUUUGAAGCUACAAUUGGCCCAGGCCCGUAAAGUGGCCAUUAAAAAAUAAAUAAAUUAAAAAAAUAAAAAUGGAAGCAGAAAAACAGAUGUGGAUGGCGCAGGGGUCAAUGAGGAGACGAGGCGGGAGUCGUGACAGAGUACACCAACGGAGGCAGGGGAAGCCCUUGCCAACCUCCAACGGACCAAGCGUGCUUCAAUUGUGGUCAGUAUGGACACUGGGAUCGCCAAUGUACUGUUUACCCAAUGAUUCAACAGCGACCUCCAGUGGAACCCGGAGAGGCCACACCUCAAAGAGGAGGCUACAAAGCUUCACGAGGGAGAGUUGGGCGCGGCCCGGCAACAGCAUCCGCAGCAGGCUCCACAGCAACAAGAGCCAUCUCGCCAGUACUACUGCGAAGAGGACUGGUCCGAAUGCCCAAUGAGCCCGGAGCCAGGGGACGGAGGAAAGACAGAGCCUCUGAACCCCGCUAAGGGAAGACAACCACCUGAAUGAGCUGUGCAGGGGUGCCCAUGAGUCUGCCGAUUACGACACCAUUAAAGACUGAAAUUGCUGGACAGACACAUGAACAUCAGUUUGUCCUGAUGAAAAGAGGGGCUCCAGUGAAUGUGAUGGGCAGAGAUCUGCUUAUCUAAACCAGGGCUACCAUCCUUUGUAGCCCGGACGGACUGACGAUAUGAACCGAGAGUGGAAAAUUGUCCACUGCACGGAACUUCCGGAAGCGACCGCUGCAGAAACCAAGGAAGGAGGAGGCGUUUACUCGGCCUUCCUGCAGGUGGAAGCCCUGAAUCGACUCUCUUGCCUCCUAAAGCCCUCCGAUCGAUCCCCUCCAUCUCACACUGUACUAUGAUAAAAAUGACGAUUUGGUUUAGAGAGAAGCUUUUGAGCCAAUACAGGAGGAAAACUGGAUGCUCAAUAGUAAAAGUAUUUACAUAGGGAAGCAAGGUGUGGCAGCUGCCUCCACCUUGACGCCAGAGCAGAGUGAGUGGUUUAUGAUGAGUUUGUCAUCUUUUCCACACUUUUUUACUUGCACUAGGUCAUGAAGCCUGAGAACUGGGACCGAUGGUGAGAAAAUGCCAUUUGGCAAAUGAUUGGCAACAAGAUCAAAUACCCAAUGUGUUCUACUCUCCUAGUACUGAAUGUUUUUGUAUUCAAGGUACCAUGGUGGACGGAGGGGUGUUGGAGCAUGUGACUUUAGCGCGAUUCCAUGGCAGAGAACUCUCGGACCAUGAGGACGCCGCACAGCUGUUGAGCUCUCUGCCGGACUCAUUGUGGUCCGAGGGUCCUGCAGACGGGGGUCUGUGUACAUCCGUGACUCCGGUAACAUUCGAGGUAAACCCGACUGCUUUUGUUAACGUGCCGUAUUAUCCUUGUAAACAAGAGGCCGUAGAAGAUUUCGCGGAAACCCAAAUUCUGAAAUCCAAACGCUUUGGUCCAUAAAUGAUGUUAUGAAACCCUUCGCUCAAGCUGCAGUAUCUGUUAUCUGAAGUAACAGUUGAUGUGGUGCGCGACCUCCAGGAGGCGGCGCCAGAGGAAGACAAGCGAAAGUUCACGCCGUUAAUGGUUGAGGAAGCACGCCCUGACACAUGAAAGUUAUCUGUCAAUGCUGAACAAGCUGCGCUUUUGGUGGCACCCUUAUCUUCUGCGUAAGGUAAAAGAUUUUUGUGUUUUUCGUGAUAUAUGUCAAGAUUUCAGUGUUUGCCCUACAACGAAGAGGGAAUUGCAACACACUGAGAUGGGCCGAGGCCCGAAUUUAUGUGGUGGUAAUGACCGAACCGACAAUGGUGGUCCCAGUCCAAAGCAUAAGGUACUUAUUAAUAAUUGUCGGCACUUUUUCUGGAUGGCCCAAAGGCUAUCCUUGUGCAAAAGAAAAAGUGCCGUCUGUCGACAAAGCGCUGGUUAACCAUUAUAUUCCGACGUAUGAGCUUAUACAAGUAAUCAGAUCGGACAAGUGAUUCUACUUGUCCCAAACAUGUCCUCUAUUGGAAAAAAAAAAGGGCCAGGGAGAUUUACAAUAGGAUCGUUUAAUUAAUGCAAUGGAUAGAAGCCUGGUCUGUAGUGGUUUAGGUGUUAUGGUUCAACCAAUAAGUGUGCUGUGUUCAGUUUUGUCUGUGUGCUGUAUGUGAGAGGACAUUCACUCCUGGGUCCAGGUUAAUGUUAUUGUCUGUGAAAUCUCGCUUGUCAUGUCAUGUUAAUUGUUUAUGUUUUGUGUUUAAUGUUUGUGUCGUCUUAAUUAAAAAGCAGAAAUGGAGCACUACUGAGCUGGCUGACAGGAGUAGUGAAGGAUGUGAUCACGUAAAAGAGACUAUAGACCUUUAGUUACCAAGGACAGUGUGACUGACGAGAGAAUACGGUCUACAGACUGUUGAAUGACUGAUUUGUUGAAAUAACAUUAUUUUACAGGACGCCCAGGAGGAUGGAGCUUGAUAGUGUUAUUGUUGUAUUGCAGGAUGUUGGUGUGCUGACUUAACGCUGAUUUUAUGUGAUUCUUGGUUUAAUGACAUUAACACUUUUGUGAGACAAAUUAACAAUUGGUUGGGGAAUAAUAUCAAUGUUGGGUGACAAUUGCUGACUUGUCCCUUCUCUGGAGUAUGUAUACAGGAAUUAUGUAGUCCAUCCCUUUGGCACGGAUAUCUUUUGCAGAGUUGUGAUUAAUUUAUAUAAGGGUUUGUUUGUGUAUGGUGUUGUGUUUUGGUGUUAAAUUAGUCAUUUAACAAAGGGGGAAAUAUGUACAUCCUGUAUGUCUGGUCAAAGAAGGUUAUAAUCAUGACUCUGGUGAUAUCCCUGAUUAUAGUUACAGGAAUCUAUUUUGAACCAUAGGUUCAAAGCGAACGAGCAGGUGGAUUGUGUUACAGCUGGAAGCAGGUGAUUAUCCACUCGAAACCGGGAUACUGGGAGCCGACGAAGAAUAGAAAUUGGCGGUGGAAGGACAGGAUCAAAUUGGAAAGAGGUAGUAUGCACUCAGUAACCCCGAGGGACCGACAUCCCGUAUUGUUGACCUUGGGUGAUAUAACUGGCCCCCGUGGAGAGAGUGGGGCAAACCAGUAGCGACCUUUACGGUCUUGACCUUGGGUAUAGAUGUCUCAGGGGCCGAUCCACUAGGACAGAUUAUUAUUAAUUGGAUACGACCGACAUAAAGUUCAUCUAGUCCGAUAAUGAGAAAAUUUGCUAAAGUACCAGCAUCAAAAAAUGAGGAUCAAGUGGUUUUGUAAAUUCACACUUUUUAUGGAUUAUUAGGAUGCGGCCCGAUUAAGUAAGAUGAGGUCUGAUUUGUGGUGGAUGUGUGGUGUUGUUCUGUUGUGGGACUUCCUGCCCGGGGAAUGGACAGGCACUUGUGCAUUGGUUUUCUAUGAUAACCCCCAAUGUGAUCAAGCCUCUCUCUCAGCAGGAGAUCAACCAUAUGGCGGAUUUCACCUGGGAGAGUGACUGGUGUUUUCUCAGGAGACUUGUCAUCAGGUUUGCUCUCAAGGCCUUUGAAGAGAAGAACCCCCACUGCCAAGAUCUGCAGCUGCUGCUGAAGGAGGACGGGGAGACAAUGAGCGCGCUCGCUGCCUUGAUCGACGCCCUUGUGUCCCCUUCACAAGAUUUUUUUUCUCAAUUUGCUGUGUUUAAAUUAGGUUUUGUUGAGUAUUGUCGUGAAAUGGCCUGCAGGUGUAGGGGUUGUUGAUCUUCUGAUUAUCAGAAGAUCAACUUGGGGGAUUGAAGGGAAUAUAGAAUACUUUAUAUUCUAAUAUGUAAUUCUAUAUGUAAUAGAAUAUAAUAUAGAGUUUCAUGGGAUAACUAGUUUGGAAGGUAAGCGAGGAUGUGUAUUGAGUAGGUAUAGGGGGUAGGAGUAUAUUGCAAGAUACCCCAUCGGGGGGUAUUUGGAGACAGAUGUCAAGGAAGAAAGGAACUGCGGGAAGCUACUAUAAACAUUGAAUGCAGGAAUGUGGACCGGAAUCUGCAGGCGACACCUGGAGGAGAAGUCUGGAGCCAGAUCAAAUGAUCCGCAGAACAACGAUGACGUCAGAUUACGGACCAAUCAGACGACAGCGAUUCCAUACUGGCCCGUUGGAAACAUUUGUAUAAGUCUGGGGUAGAAUCAGAUAGUUUUAGUUCGACUACUUUAUCUGCUAAGGAUAAGAUAGGGUAGUUACAAACCCAGAGCUCUGCAAAUGUAUAGACUCCUCUGUCAGGAAUAAAUUGGUUGGUUUUAUA